CUUCCUGAGCCGCGGCGGGCGUGGCCGCGUUAGGCUGCCAGCCAGGCCGGGGCAGCGGUGUACAGUGGUUGGGGUGCUGGGGUUCGGUUAUUGCAGUCGCGAUGUUCUUCUCCGAGGCCAGAGCCAGGUCGCAGACGUGGGAAGCCAGUCCCUCGGAACACAGGAUGUGGGUGGAAGUAUUUAAGGCAUGUGAUGAAGAUCACAAAGGAUAUCUCAGCAGAGAGGACUUUAAAAUUGCUGUUGUAAUGCUGUUUGGGUACAAGCCCUCCAAGAUAGAAGUGGAUUCUGUGAUGUCUUCAAUAAAUCCAAAUACUUCUGGUAUAUUACUCGAGGGGUUUUUAAAUAUUGUCAGGAAAAAGAAGGAAGCUCAACGAUAUCGGAAUGAAGUAAGACACAUCUUCACAGCCUUUGACACAUACUAUCGUGGAUUUUUAACUUUGGAAGAUUUCAAAAAAGCAUUUAGGCAGGUGGCUCCCAAGUUACCGGAAAGGACUGUUCUUGAAGUAUUCAGGGAAGUAGAUCGAGACUCAGACGGUCACGUCAGCUUUAGAGACUUUGAAUAUGCCCUGAACUAUGGACAGAAGGAAGCCUAACUAUUGUGAAAUACUUUCGGGGCAAUGUAAAAUGGUACAGCCACUUUGGAAGACAGUUUGGCAAUUUCUCACGAAGCUAAGCGUAGUCUUACCACAUGAUCCAGCAAUCAAGCUUCUAGGUAUUUACCCAACUGAUUUGAAAAUUUCAUCCACACAAAAAUUGCAUAUGAAUGUUUAUAGAAGCUUUCUUCAUCAUCACCAAAAACUAGAAGCAACCAAGAUAUGUUCUUAAGAGGUGAAUGGAUCUUCUACAAAAUACCUGACCAAUCCUCCUCAAAACUGUCCAGCCCAUCAAAAACAAAGAAAGCCUAAGAAACAACAAGAGGAACCUCUGGACCCAUGGUGACUAAAUGUAAUGCAAUAGCCUAGAUGGGAUCCUAGACCAGGAAAAGGACAUUAAGGGAAACCCAGGAAAUCUGGAUAAAAUAUGAACUUUAGUUAAUAAUGUACCAGUAUUAGCUCAUUAAUUGUAGCAAAUGUAUCAUACGCAUACAAUGUUCAUAAUAGGGAAAAC